CGCACCCUUUCACAGCUUCUAUUGGUCAUGGCAGACGUCCGUUUGCCGCUAUCCCCGCCCCAAUACGGAAGCUACGGGGUACUCGGGAUCCGACCGCGGGUGGGUCCAGGCCAUGGGGCAGCCCUGGGCGGUGGGGAGCGCCGAGGGGGCGCCGGCGGGGCUGCCCCUUGUGCUCACCGCGCUGUGGGCCGCGGCCGUGGCCCUGGAGCUGGCCUACGUGCUGGUACUGGGUCCCGGGCCGCCCCCGCUGGGACCCUUGGCCCGAACCUUGCAGCUUGCGCUGGCAGCCUUCCAGCUGCUCAACCUACUGGGCAACGUGGGGCUCUUCCUGCGCUCGGAUCCCAGCAUCCGGGGUGUGAUGCUGGCCGGCCGUAGUCUGGGCCAGGGCUGGGCUUACUGCUACCAGUGCCAGAGCCAGGUGCCACCACGCAGUGGGCACUGCUCUGCCUGCCGCAUCUGCAUCCUUCGCCGGGACCACCACUGCCGCCUGCUGGGCCGCUGCGUGGGCUUCCACAACUACCGGCCCUUCCUGUGUCUGCUGCUUCACACCGCAGGUGUCCUGCUUCACAUCUCUGUGCUGCUGGGCCCUGCCCUGUCUGCCCUGCUGCGAGCCUACUCACCUCUCCAUACUGCCGCCCUCCUCCUGCUGCCCUGGCUGAUGCUGCUCACAGGCAGAGUGUCUCUGGCGCAAUUCGCCCUGGCCUUUGUGACCGACACGUGUGUGGCGGGUGCGCUGUUGUGUGGGGCUGGACUGCUCUUCCAUGGGAUGCUGCUGCUGAGGGGCCAGACCACGUGGGAGUGGGCCCGGGGCCAGCACUCUUAUGACCUGGGACCCUGCCACAACCUGCAGGCAGCCCUGGGGCCCCGCUGGGUCCUCGUCUGGCUCUGGCCCUUCUUGGCUUCCCCGUUGCCUGGGGAUGGGAUCACCUUCCAGACCACCACUGAUGUGGGACUCAUGGCUUCCUGACUUUGGGAAAACCCUGAGCUGUACAAGGUGUGGGAAGCAGGAGAGGUGACUCAACUCAUUUCAGGCCCACCCCUAGCCUCAGGAGGGGAGGCUACAUGUUACUUGAUGCCUGCUUUUGGCAACUCCAGCCCCACCCUUGACCUUGCCUUGGCCUUGCCCAGCUUGGACACCUAGUGUCCAGGGCUUGGGCCCUGUGAUUCUGCCUCUGUCAGUGGCCCCUGAAUACAGCGGAGGGUCAGGUAAGGGUCUGCUUAGCCAACCUAGCUGCCCCUUUGCCAGGAUAAUAAAGCCCCCCUCGUGGUUUUUGGACUUCCUCCGUCUUUGUGGGUUUCUGGUCCUCCACUGUUGCUGGGGCUGCUGUUUGGGUGCCUCUGAUUGUCCAGCCUGGGAACCACAGAACGCCUGAGAAUGUCUGCAGUCAGGGCUCUGCCUCCUGUUGCCUUGGGGAGGGGGUUGAGGGAGGCCAGCCGGCCAAGGCAGAAUGUAGUGAUCCAAGGAAUGAGAAUCUGACAUUCUUUCCCAGGUUCAGUGCUUUAUAGUUAGGAGAAUUUCCCAGCAACGAUGUCACUGAAUUUCUCUCUAGCUGACCUGGUACACUGGGCGGCAGUUAUACAAGUGAUAAACUUACAGCGCUGAGAGCUGAUGUGAUAAGAUCGUGGGAUAGCAAAUGGAGGAGUCUGGAUUUGAACCCAGAUCUCUGCUUUCUUCUUCACCCUUGCACAGCCAAGGGAAGGGAGUAGGAGAAAGCCAGGCAGAGAAAGCAGGUGGGGAUGAUCAAGCAUCCGUGAGGGACGGUGCUGAGGGCUGAGCUCCUCCUCUCUGGACUCUUCAGGAGCUACUGUUAACACUUUUACUUAAGUAUAGUGAACAGACACUUCCAGUUAAAUGUGGCAGGUUAAAUACAUGAAUUUACCUGUUUACUCUUAAAAUCUAAAAUGAUAGUAGCAAAAUAAAAAAUGAUGUAAAUUUACAAAGAGAAAGAAAAUAGGAGGGAGACAGCUGUAGACCAAAGAACUUGACAACAUUUUGAAAGAUGGAAAGUGGACAGAGGCUCAUUUACUCUCUCAGAGAAUCAGAAGUUGAAAUUAAGUGUUCCCAGAAGGAGGGGCCAAGAGGCAGCCAAACCGGCCCCCAGAGCCCUGCAGAGGCUCAGGAAUUCCACCAGCACCAUGGAAGCCAAGGUUUGGGGCUGACAGUAGGGACUGAUCCAAACAGUCUACGUGAGGAGCAGCUAGGCUGCCCCUCCCCCCAGGGUCCACCUGACCCCUGGCAGCCAAGCAGCUACCCCACUGGGUGGGGGUGGGGGCUUUUUGAAGCACCUUUGGAGCACUUGGGAGGGUGGGGGUGAGGGGUGGACCAAAAAUGGGGUUAAGUGAAAAUCUACAGAUGCUGCUGUUGGGGGGCAGGGUCCUCAAGUGACCUUGCCUCCCAAGAACCCUCAGAGAAGCCCACCCUUCUGACAGGCCCUCCCGAUGCCCACAGAGGUUUGAGCUACCAGGACUUUGUCUUUCCAAAUGGCAUGCAUGCUCUAUUACUAUUUUUUCUCUGUAAGGAACAUGGUGUCCCUGUUACUCUGUGCUGUACAUAAGUAUUGGCCGACUUCCUGUUUUCUCCUCUGCUUUACCCCUCUCCCUCCAGAAUACCUUUUCUUGUAUUUUUAUUAAAGAGGAGAUGCAAGAAAAAGAAACACCACCAUCCCCAGCCCCAUUUAAGAAAUGGAUACCAUUUACUUUGAAGUCUCUGCUGGGCCCCUCCCUUGUAGAGGAAACACUGUGCUGGUUAAUCAUUCCCUUGCUUUGCUUUGUGAUUUCAUUACAUAUACUUGUAUUGGUUUUGCAUGGUUUUGAAUUUUAUAUAAAAGGUACCAUACCAUAUUUAUUCUUCUGUGAUUUGCUUUUUCACCCAAUACUAUGUUUCUGAGAUUUAUCACAAUUAAUGUGUACAGCUGUAGGGCAUUCCUUUUCCUUGCUAUAUAGUGAGCCAUUGAAUAUACCACAAUUUAUUUUUCAAUUUUGUCCUACUGAUCAUUGUAUCUACCCCUGUAUAUGAUCCCCUAUGAUCUAUUCUUGGCCCUUGCUCUCCAUAUAAAUUUUAGAAUCAGUUUGUCAAGUUACACCAAUAAAAACCCCUUUGAAACUGUGAAUGGAACCCAACUGGACCUAUAGAUCAGUUUGGGAAAAAUUGACAUCUACAUGAAAUUGAAUUUUCCAGUUCAUGAACAUGAUGUAUCUCCCCAUUUAAUGUUUUCAAUAAAGUUAUAUACUUUUUCUCAUAAA